AUGGAAAGUAAAGGAAAAGGAGAGAAAGCCUCUUUGGUUUCUUCACCGAAUUUUAAAUCCACUUUGUGCCAUCCAUCGAAACUCGCUUUCAAAGCGUACUUUCUCUUCUUCUACGCCGCCGUUGGAAGCUACUUUCCGUAUUUGAUGCUCUUUUUUAAGCAGCUGGGAAUGAGCGCUGCAAAGGCUGGAAUUCUGAGCGGAGUUAAACUGUUCUCUGAAUUUAUCGGCGGGCCGUUCUGGGGAACAGUCGCUGAUAAAUUUAGAAUUCGAAAGAUCAUUUUAUUCGCGUCUCUUGUGUCAUUUUCUUCAGGAAUUUUAUUGUUUAUGCCUUUUCCACCGAGAAAUCAAGAGUGUAUCGAGACAAGAGCGAACGGUACAGUGAUCGAAACACCGCUGAGUUUUACCACAGGAGAAAUACGAUACGAUAAAAGUCAUGAAGACGAGGAACAAAGCGAGGAAGAUGGCGGGUUUCUCAACCAUGCAGGUCAUUCAAAUUUCACCCGUCGUAUCGACGAAACCGAGAUUUCACAGAUAUUUACAACUUUUUUAAUUAUUACCAUUAGCAGUCAAAUCGUCGGCUCAGUAGUAUUCAAUAUGCCUGAUGCGUUGGUCGCGGGUUUCCUCCAAGAGGGCAUCAGUACGUUCGGAUACUAUCGGGUAUGGGGCGAAGUUGGAGUCGCUAUUGGUUCGUUCGUUGUCGGAGGUGUCAUCAACUUUUACCAGUCGGAAGUGUGUGGCGAGAUCGUGAAAAACUACUUCGUUUUAUUUUAUUUUUUUGCUGGGUUUAUUUCAUUAGCGAUGUUCACCCUAAUUUUCCUUGAGGCGACAUAUCCGGAUGAGGACACUAAUGAUUCAAACUUGUGGCUUUUAGUAAAAGAACUUAUGCUCUUUCAUAACGCCAUGUUCGUGGUUGUAGCUUGCUUCUUAGGCGUCCUCGUAGGUUUAAACGAGUUUUUCGGUCUGUGGUACUUAGAUGAUCUGGGAGCAGAACCCUACAUGUUGGGCCUGGCUUCCGGUUUGCGAUACACAGUCGCCACAUGCGGGUACACUCUCUCUAGAAUAGUUAUAGACAAAUUCGGACACACAUGCACCAUAGCAGUCUGCUUGCUGCUCUACAUUGUUGAUUACAUGAGUAUGUCGUUCGUUCGGAACCCCUGGCUGGGCGUGGCACUGUUUAGCGCUCAGGGCUUCUUAUACGGAACCAGCUGGUCUGCCUGUGUGGUUUUUGGUGGUACUGUGUCACUGCGAGUUGGUUUUUAUUCAGCAACCCAAGGUAAGUGAAUCAGCGACUGGAGUAACUUUGAGUGUAGAAGGUUACCUAAGAUUGGGUUUAGUUUUAAUUCAUAAGAUUACCUUAGCAACGACACAGCUUCUCGGAAAAAAUCGUCAUUUUAGCGGCAUGUGCUUGAAACUGGAUAACGAGUUUGGCGACCACAUUUUAAUUUUGCUCAAUUGCAACUAAAAAAAAAAUUCGUCUUAAUCCUUUAACUCCCAGAUCAAAUUUUUAAUUCUCCUUACUGUCAACCAUACAAUUCUUAAGAUGUCAGUCCAGAGAAUUUAGUAUUGGAUCAACUAAUCAUCCCCAAAUCGACAUGUUUCUUUAUUUUUAUCACUUUUCUGGUUGAUCCUAUAUUGAUAUUGUAAGGAGAAAUUCUGUCUUGGUCAGUCAUGGGAGUUAAAGGGUUCACGCAGAGUUGAAAAUUACCAACAGUUCAGAGCCACCUCAAUAAUUCUGAUAUCAUUUUCAAGGAAACGAACGCACAAGUAUGGUAGUAUUUAGAAAUCAAAGAAUCUGGCUUUAUAUAAAAAUAACGAAGCACGCAAAAUGGCUGUGACAUCCUUGUUCCCAGGGCCCUCUCUCUUCCUCCCUAGAAGGAGAAAGAGAGAGGACCCUGGGAACGAGGUCAAACAGUUUCGUGCUUGGCAUGCGCAUGCCUUCGUUUCUAACUUCAUAUUUCUUUGCCAUCAGGCGUCCUUGGCGGAGUUUACUGGGGCUUAGGAGUCGGCACAGGUGUUCUUCUCAGCGGUGUUCUGAUAAACUGGCUCGGCGUUGCCAAGACCUAUUUUGUUUACUCUGUGGUGACAUUUAUAGUUUUAGUUCCUUUUUCACUGGCUAACUUUUGGAUCAGAUCGAAGGAUGAGAGAGGGAACAGUGACCAAGAAUAUAAUUUAUUGGCGAAGGAGACAGAGGAAAACCACUGA